UGUUUUAUAAUAUUCUUUAAUGAUUGUAAACUCAGCAAAAUAGACAGCAUGCAUAUUUUCCUAAGCUAGGGGAAUUUUUGUGGAAGACUAGCAUGAUUGUUUGAAAUGUCGUUGAGAAAGAAUGGACUAAUUUGGCGGGUCUUGGCUCGCAUGGUAAAUUAAAGGCUCUCGGCCAGCUGGAAAUACUAAGAUGGCCGACUUCUAAUGACACUUAAGAGCAAGUAGAAGUUAGGAAACUUUUCUUGAGGAAAUAUCAUUGUCAAAAAAAAAACCUUUGUAGAUCUACUCAAAUGACCAGUAUGGAUCCCAUUUCACUAACUGGUGUAAAAAUUACUUUAGAGAUUAGGUAUUUUAGAGAUAACGAUUUUAUCUUCAGCUUCAUCACGCCACUAAACUUUAAUAGUUAAUUCCUAUUUCAAACUCAGUCUAUGAACUCGCACAUCGUUACUGCUAUUAAAUUCAUAUUUCACAUCGCUUAUUUCGUCCCAACAGUUUUUGAAAAGAAAUUAAAAGUUUUGAAAGGUACUGGUUUGGAGGUUAAACUCCCCACUAGAGGUAACGCUUGAUGCCUCAAUUAAUUUUUUUUAUUCAGCUCGAUAGAGUUGUUUGAAUGUGCUCUUUUUGAUGUGAAGUGAUGGAGAAAGCUUUUCAUUUGUUAUUUAAACCAAUCAGGUCAACUUCCUCCCAAACCUUUCACACCGCUUCAGCGAUUACUGAAAAAAAUAAACAAGUUUACAACAGAAUUAUCGCUUGGGAAAGAACACGACUUCAGGAAGCAUACAUAAAAAUCGUUGGUUUUUAGUAUGUUUUAAUCACAUAUUUGAUGAAAAACAAUCAUAAAAGGUGUUGUGAAGGGAUCGGGAACGAGCUUCUUGUACCAUGUAGAAUUGAAGUCUAAAAUCUGUCGUCAUGGAUACCAAUUAAUUGAUUUAGGAAAUCGCAGAUGUGUCUUCUAACUGAUGAUUUACCAAGUGGAAAGUUGCUCAAACAUAGAAUUAAACACAACAGUCGCUUUUCAAAAGUCGGGGGGAAUCUUUUAACAUCACUAGAUGCACUCAAAAAGAUUGAGUCAUGGUUGUUGCGCUAAUAUGCUCAAUUACAGACUAAUUAUAUGCAAGACUUUCUAUAUAUACGUAUCUGUUACAAUCACCUCUGAGCCAGUUGUAAUCAAACUACCGAAGGAAGUUAACAAUUCCGAUCACACUUUAAGCGUUCAGAAACUUUUAUUUUUCCUAAAGGUAGAGUAGUACCUAGGUUCUCUUGAGUGUUUUGAUGCCAAAAGAAGUACAAGUUGGUCAUGCAAUCCGGAAGCGAAAGACAUCCGAGUUCGAAUAAAUACAAUGUGGCGGUGUUACCGUCCUCCAGUCCAAAUCGGCGCGUGCUUGUAGCAAUUCUGGUUGCUAUUACUCUGGUAGUGGUGGGAGUCCUUCUUGGUACGUUGAUUCCCACUUACAUGAAAGGCAAAGGGAACAAUAAAAGCUCCAGUGAAAAGGAAAUAGAGCAGCAACGUGGUGAAGAUUUUAAUAUAAAUCUUACAACAAGAUCAGAAGUUACUCUUCAUUCAAAAACUCGAUCGUCGGUUCCUCCAGAUUUCUACAGCAGCCCAAGCCAGUCGACACCAGAAAUCAGUGCUACUUCAAGACCAAGAGGCUCAACUUCAACCGCCGAUACCAGUCUAAGAAUGACGUCAAGUCUCAUGAUUAGCCAUUCAUCUUCUUCAGAAAUUGUCUCUUCUUCAUUGUUGAGACAAUCGGAGCCGAGACCAUCAGCUUACAUUAAGGAAACAACGGUUGACUCACGACAAGUUAAGGCUUCUUCAUCCUUACAAAUGGUGCGGUUAACAACAACCACAAAUGUGAUAAACUCCACCAUGAUCUCCUCCAAGAGUGAUAUCAGCUCAGAUGGCAGUGCAGCUGCUGAUCCUUCAGUUAUUUCCAAUCUUUUGCUUAACACAGCGACAACCGAGACAACAGUUUUACUGCAAACCACUUCAAGUGUUGUUCAACAUACCCCAGUAUCGCCUCUACCAGAACUGACCUCGUUUGCAACAGUUACACUUUCUUCAAAAAGUGAUAUCAGUACUUCCUCAACAAGCAGCGUGGUUGCUGACUUGUCAGUCAUUGCAAACCUUCUGCCAAACACAGAAUCCAAAUGGUCUCGUUGGAGUCCUUGGAGUGACUGCACCCAAACAUGUGGCAGCGGUACACGACAUCGAAACAGAACAUGCGUGGCCAUCAAUGAUAAAGCAGUCUUUGCUCCAAUUUCGUGUGCUGGUAAAUCUAACCAGAUGAAAUCAUGCGCAGAAUGGAAAUGUCCAGAUUGCACAAACAAAUGUCAGCGGAUACUUUGUGACUCUGGGAGUUUGCGCAAUCCAACAAGAGCUGCUGGUUACCAAAGCAGGGUUUGUACCCGUGAUAUUAACGGCAAAUGUUACGACGCCAACAACUGCUAAUAUUACGGCCAAAAUGGAAAUUGCAGUCGCACCAUUUGUAACAGUUCAUCCAGAAAGCAAGGUACGCAUGCCUGGUCAGAGUGUUACAUUUUGCUGUGAAGGAGAGGGAAAUCCUCAACCAGAAAUUGAAUGGUUUAAGGAAAACAACGUCAUCGACAAGAGCUUCUAUAAUCACAAUAAUACUCUUGAAAUAAACGACGUCCAGGGUUUAAAUGGGAGUUACCGUUGUCGAGCGAUUAAUCAAUUUGGAUCAGAGUUUUCGAACGAAGCUGAUUUAAAGGUUUUAGAAAAUUCUGAGGAUUCUUGCUCUUCGAUGCCAAGUUCCAAUAAUGUGACUCUACCACCUGGUUGUUUUGUUAAUGGUACAAACUCCACCACAGUGGAUGUCGGCGAGUGCGAACCUAUUGCAUGCGUAAUGAGAGGUGUUAACUACAGUUCUUCUUGCUCCGAUCCUCCCCUUUGUUGUGGUCCGCUGUUCACAGAAAGUGUCUUAGUAAAAUGCGGUUUCGCGAUAUCCUUCGGCCUAUCAGUGAUAAAGGGCUGCGGAUGUGGAAAAUGUUUCGAGAAAGAGACUUUCAUCAGCGGUGUUGUUAUCGGUCCAGAUGGCAGUCCAGCGACUUUUGUGGAUCUGGUUUUUAAAGGAAAAUCUGUGGGUAGUACUGAUACCGAUGGAAAAUUCUCAUUUCCUGUGCCAAAAACUACGAGAAGAGCAGUUGUGACAUUCAAAGACCAGAUGAACAACAAAUUUGUAGAAGAAGACAAACUUUUUGUUGUGGAAGAGGGCCAAACAGCCGUUUACACAGUGAAACUUAGAGAGAAACCAGCACCUGUUAUAUUCAAUGCCUCCGAACCACUUGAUGUACCAUUGGGGAGCGAUUCCUCUGAUAGCUUUGCUGAUCUUGAGCUACCUGAAAACGCCCUUUUAACUGAGGAUGGAUCUAUUUUCAGUGGAAAUGCCAAGGCCACCGUCAGCGUCACUGAUCCUCGCAACCAAUCGGAUAUUGAGUCUGCUCCCGGAGAUUUUAGUUCAAUGAAUGAGGAUGGCGAGGAGGAACUACUUCAAACGUUUGGCAUGAUAAAGGUUAAUCUGGAAGAUGACAAUGGAAAGCAGCUUACUAUGUCUAAACCUAUGAAGGUGUACCUGGAUCCAGAAAAACUCAAUUUGACUGUGUCUGGUGGCAUCAGACUUUACUGGUUGGAUAAAAAGACAGGACGUUGGAGGGAGGCCGGUAAAUUUUUGCUCGAGGAUGGAAAAAACCGAAGAAGAAAGCGUUCUGGUCGGACAUUUCUAGCUGUAAACGUGACGCCUUCCUUGGCAAAACACGAUUUAAACUUUGAUACCCCAUCGGAACGAGUAGCUUUGAGAGUAACCAUAACAAAAGAUACAACAAAUGAUAAUUAUGCAAGUGACAAAGUCCUAGUAAGAGUAAUUUGCCUAAACCCAAACGGAUACAUGGAGAAAGUGACGGUCAACCGUUUGGCCUGCGUUGUGAUUUUGAGAAAUGCUGAUUGCUAUGUCCAGGCUUUAAAUUUGAGGGAAAAUAUUUUUUAUGAACCCUACCCAAACUCAAUUGAAACAAAGGAUAUAUUUAAGAAUGUAGGAGGGAGCAUAGUUUCAAGUAAAGGCAAGGGGACUACGAUCAAAUCGUUUCGAUUUAACAGCAUACUGAAUGGUAGUGACGGACCAACAUACUCCGUAAAUUCAGCUGGUGAGGAAAAGUGCACAGUCUCUCUGAACAGCGCGCUAGCGCCACAAACAAAAACAGCUCAGUUUGUUUUUAAAAUUCCGGAAUCUAUUUCUAGUUAUAAUCUGCUUCGAAGGGUAAACAAUUGGCCUGAAGAGAGCGAUAAGAGUAAGUGUUUUGUUAGAGUCGUACACGAAGGAAAAAAAGCGAUAUUCAUGGCAUCUGGUUACAAAGGAAAAAAUUUUGGUGAUGGAGAAUUGUACGGCUAUCAUGUUAAAAGUUCAGAACCUGAAACUCCGGGCAGUUCAAAGCAAGUUGUAUGCCUUCAGUUUCGAUGUCCUCCAGAGAAUACACGUAAUAAAGCUGUUUUUCUUUUAGUGACGCCAUUAAGCACGACGAAGAAUAUUGACAUCAAAUUUAAUGAAAUGAACAGUAGAUUAAAGGUUGUAGACAUCUUUCCGGAGUGUUCAGGUAUUACACACCCUAACAAUGCUCUCGGGAAGAGGUUUUGUGCUCCUUACUGGUUAAAAGCCUUGUUUACGUUUAAAGAUUCAACCAGAUGCUUUCAAGAGCGGAACUCAACUCACCUAACAUUUCAAUAAGGUAUGUAAAAGUGGUUAAUACGAUUUAUGUGGUCAAACUUCCGUAAGAUAGGGCACACGGAAGUUAUACCAUGCUAACAACUAGAUGCAUAAAUGACAGCCCUCUAGUCCCUUAACUCCGUAAGUUCCACUUUUAAGAUCGGCGAAAAUGUAUCCAUGAUCGUAUUUAGAUCGAUCAGGCUCUCUUCACAUAUCGCACAUUCUUUACACAUUGAUCAGUUGAUCCAACAGUUUUUGACAACUUUCUUACAAAUAUGCCAGAUCAUUUUCCUCCAUGAAGCUACUUCGCCAGCAUCAAUCAAUUUCGGCUCCUGGUAUUCAUUCGUCCGCGACUGAGAAAAGUUUGUUUAGUAAAUGCCUCAUAAUGGCAGCUAAAACAUAAAUAUGAAGAAUUGUAUUCUUAACCCCCAACAAUCAGCAGUAACCAGCUCAAAAAUUUUAACCUCAUUCCCACGAGUAACCUAUUGAAUAAAUUGAGUGUAGUUAUAAUCAGCUCUGUGACACCCUUUUUGAUAACAGGAGGAACAAACCGGUUGUUUAAAAUAUUUUGAUCGUAAAUUAUCUUUAUUUCCUUCAAUUUUUUUUUUUUUGCUACACUUGUUUUUG